AGAUAAAAUAUGGUGGUGAUACACUAUCGAAGCCGAUUGUAUCGGGCAUGAUUACCUAUAUUUUAAUAAUUGAGAUUAAAGUAAUCCAGUCGCUAGCUUGGCACGUUGCAAGGUGCCGGCUCUACGAGGAAAGAUGGCGGCUAUGAAACUUCUAGUCCUCGCCGUGGCGUGUUACUGCGCUUACGCCAUUCCACAAAAACAACCAAAGCUGAAAACAACGAUCUUCGGUGAUGAAAAACUAGAAGGAGAAAUCUUUGAAAAAUAUGAUGUAGCAGUUGCCUUUAACGACGAAGAAGCGGCUUUGUACAGACUACCCACCACUACUAGACCUACUCAUUACAACAUCCUUUGGGCCCUGGACUUCACCACUGAUCCACAAACCUUCGCAGGAACAGUUGAAAUUCUCUUAUACGCCACCCAAACUGAAGUUAACCAAAUCGUUCUCCAGUCAGAAGAUUUAACUAUCGGCACUGUAACACUAGUUCAAGGCACUACUGCCGUCCCUGUUACAUACGUCGAAGAACCUGACUACCAGUUCCUAAGGAUCAACCUAGCCACUGGAACUCUCGCCUAUGAUGCCACAAAUCCUGUCAUUUACACUUUGACCAUCACAUUUGAGGCUCCUAUGCGUGAUGAUAUGUACGGAAUUUACAGGACUUGGUUUAGGAAUAACUACAACGAUGAAGUCAGCUGGAUGGCGAGUACGCAGUUCCAGGCCACGUCGGCCCGCAAGGCUUUCCCUUGCUACGACGAGCCCAGCUUCAAAGCUACUUUCGAUGUCACCAUCAGGCGCCCAACCGCGUACAGCAGCUGGUCGGCUACUCGUAUCGCUUCAACUGUAGAAUCUACCAAUAAUCCUGGCUACCAGGAUGACAUUUAUCACAGAACUCCUGUCAUGUCAACUUACCUCUUGGCUUUAAUCGUUGCUGAAUAUGGCACUUUAGAGGUUACCAAUGACAACGGCGAACUCAUCUAUGAAGUCAUUGCCCGUCCCGGCGCUCUUUCCGCCGGCCAGGGACAGUACGCUUUGGAUGUGGGUCAGGAGCUUUUGGCUGAGAUGAAUAACCACACAGACUAUGACUUCUACAGUGUGGCUGAUCAUAUUAAAAUGACUCAGGCUGCGAUUCCUGACUUCUCCGCUGGUGCUAUGGAGAACUGGGGUUUGCUAACAUAUAGGGAAGCCUACCUCAUGUACGACCCCGCUCACACCACCAACAACUACAAGCAGCUGAUCGCUUACAUUUUGUCUCACGAGAUUGCUCACAUGUGGUUCGGGAACUUGGUCACUUGCGAUUGGUGGGAUGACUUGUGGCUAAACGAAGGCUUCGCCAGAUACUACCAAUAUUUCCUUACUCACUGGGUUGAGGAUUACAUGGGUUUGGAGACUAGGUUCAUAAUCGAGCAAAUGCACACCGCUUUGCUCAGCGACUCCACUGCCAACGCUCACCCCUUGUCCGCCACACCUGGUAUCGGAAGCCCGGCGUCCGUCAGCGGCAUGUUUUCAACUCUGUCAUACAACAAGGGAGCUGCAGUCAUCAGGAUGACUGAACAUCUGCUUGGCUUUGAUGUUCACAGAACCGGCUUGAGGAAUUAUUUGAGGAAUAAGCAAUUCGAGACUGCUUUCCCAAUUGAUCUGUUCACUGCUUUGGAAGAGGUUGGCCGAGCCGCAGGUGCCCUUGACGAGUAUGGUUCCGACUUCUCUCUGGUUGAAUAUUACCGAUCUUUUAUCUAUCAAGCUGGACAUCCCAUACUUUACGUGCAAGUCAACCACCAAACUGGCGAUAUGACCAUUCAUCAGCGCCGAUUCGAUAUCAACAACGGGUACCUAGACGUCAACACGCAAUGGAUCAUCCCGAUCAGUUUCUCUAGCGCCAGCGAUCCUGACUUCAGCAACACCAAGCCCACGCACAUUAUCCGCAAGGCCGUCACUGUCAUUAACCGCGGCUCCGUCGGCGACGAGUGGGUUCUGUUUAACAAACAACAGACUGGUUACUACCGUGUGAACUAUGAUGACUACACUUGGGAUCUCAUUACUGCUGCACUAAGAGGAGAGGCAAGGACUCAGAUUCAUGAGUACAACAGGGCGCAGAUCGUCAACGAUGUCUUCCAAUACGCACGGUCUGGCAUCAUGAGCUACACCAAGGCUCUGAACAUCCUCUCCUUCUUGGAGUUCGAGACCGACUACGCUCCUUGGGUGGCUGCCAUGACUGGCUUCACCUGGCUCAGGACCAGGCUUACUGGCACCAUCUACUUGGAACCUCUUGAGGCUUUGAUCUCUCAAUGGUCUACCGCCGUCAUGGCCGAUCUGACCUACUACCCGAGUUCAGACUCCGAAGACUUCAUGAGAUCCUACCUUCGCUGGCAACUGGCCCCCAUCAUGUGCCAGAUCAACAGGGAUGGCUGCCGUGCUGCUGCGGUCGCACAGUUCAACGCUUUAAAGACCUCAAAUGUUGAGGUUUACCCCGACAAUCGCGCAUACGUCUACUGCAACGCUCUUCGCGAAGGCACUGAUGAAGACUUCUACGUUCUGCGCACGCGCUUUGUCACGCACAACGUUUACACUGAGAAGAUCCUCCUUCUUCAAACUCUUGGUUGUACUCGAUCCGCUGAUUCUCUCAACGUGUACCUGACCGAUAUCUUCACCGAUAACCAACUAAUCCGUCGUCAGGACUACGGUACCGCUCUGAACUCCGCCGUUGCCGGCAAUGAGGAGAACACACAGAUUUUCUUCAACUUUAUUCAAAACAACUACACAUUAGUCCUCCAGGCGUUCCCCAAUAUUGCUACUCCAUUGUCGUACGUGUCCAGUAGGCUGAGAACUGAAGCUGAAAUUGACGCGUUCCAACAAUGGGCGACCGAAAACCAGGCUCUCCUGGGCACAUCGUACCAGGCAGUUAUGAACGGCGCGGAGUCCGCCAGACAGUCCAUCCAAUGGACCGCCGGAAUUGUUAACGACGUCAACAACUUCCUCAACGCCGGCUACCAGCCUGUGGUCACCACCACCCAGCCGCCGCCCACGGAAGCACCCACACCGGAGCUUGAACCUAUGCCUGAGCUCAUCCAGCCUGAAACACCAGACCUAGGGGACUCUGCUGUCACCUCAGUCUUAUCCAUGACCGUGCUUGCCAUGGCUGCCGUAUUCCAUUAUCUUGUAUUGGUGGCCAUAAAACUCCUAAUCCUUGCUGUGGCGUGUUAUUGCGCCAACGGAUUUCCGCAAGAACCUCCGAAGUCAAGAAACACAAUCUUUGGAGACGAGCAACUACAAGGAGAAAUCUUUGAAAAUUAUGGUGUAGUCACAUUUGACGACGAAGCAGCGGCGGCGUACAGACUUCCAACCACCACUAGGCCUACCCAUUACAAUCUUCUUUGGAUCAUGGACUUCACGUCUGAUCCACAAUCUUUCAGUGGCAUAGUUGACAUUCAAUUACAGGCAACUGAAGCCGGAGUUAACCAGAUCGUUAUCCACUCCGAUGAUCUAAAUAUUGGCUUUGUAAUUCUAGUACAAGGCACUACGUCUGUUCCUGUUACGUUUGAGGAGGAACCUGCCUUCCAUUUCCUUAAGAUCAACCUCAGCACCGGUACUCUUGCUUAUGAUGCCACAAAUCCUGUCACUUACACUUUGACCAUCACAUUUAGGGCUGACAUGCGUGAAGACAUGACAGGUAUUUACAAGAGUUGGUUUAGAAACAACUAUAACGAUGAAGUUAGCUGGAUGGCAAGUACACAUUUCCAAGCGACGGCAGCUCGCAGAGCAUUCCCUUGUUACGAUGAGCCCAACUUGAAGGCUACAUUCGACAUUACUAUCCGACGGCCAACCUCAUACGGUAGCUGGUCGUUAAUGCGUCGUGCUUCAACCGUUGAUGUCACUGGAACUCCCGGCUUCCAAGACGACAUCUACCACAGAACACCUAUAAUGUCUACCUAUCUUUUGGCCAUGAUUGUCGCUGAAUAUGACAGUCUAACUGUUACCAAUGACAACAACGAACUAAUAUAUGAAGUUAUUGCCCGUCCAAACGCUCUUUCCACCAACCAGGGACAGUACGCGUUAGAAGUGGGUCAGGCGUUGUUGGCUGAGAUGAAUAAUCACACUAACUAUAACUUCUACACCAUGAAUGAAAAUAUGAAGAUGACCCAGGCUGCUAUUCCUGACUUCUCCGCUGGUGCUAUGGAGAACUGGGGGCUCCUUGUUUACAGGGAGGCCUACCUCAUGUACGAUCCUGCACACACCACCAGCAAUUACAAGCAGCUUAUUGCCUACAUCUUAUCUCAUGAAAUCGCUCACAUGUGGUUCGGCAAUUUGGUCACUUGCAACUGGUGGGGUGAUUUUUGGCUGAAAGAGGGCUUUGCCAGAUACUACCAAUAUUUUCUUACUGACUGGGUCGAAGAUUACAUGGGCUUGGAAACCAGAUUUAUAACAGAGCAAGUCCACACCGCGUUGCUCAGUGACUCUGUGGCGAGCGCUCACCGUUUGUCCGAAACUGGCAUCGGCGAUCCGGUGCAGAUCAGAACCAUGUUCUCAACUCUGUCGUACAACAAGGGCGCCGCAGUUAUCAGGAUGACUGAGCAUCUCCUUGGCCAUGAUGUUCAUAGAGCCGGUCUGAGGAAUUACCUGAUUAAUAGGCAAUUUAACACUGCUGUCCCGAUGGACCUCUUCACUGCUUUGGAAGAGACUGCCCAAGCAACUGGUGCCCUUGCAGAGUACGGACCCGAAUUUUCUUUGAUUGAAUAUUACCGUUCUUUUACCUACCAAGCCGGACACCCAAUACUUUACGUGCAGGUUGACCAUCAAACUGGUGACAUGACUAUUCAUCAGCGCCGAUUCGACCUCAACACCGGCUAUUCCGACAUUAACUCACAGUGGAUAAUCCCGAUCAGUUUCUCCAGCGCCAGCGAUCCUGAUUUCAGUAACACCAAGCCCACGCACAUUAUCCGCAAGACGGUCACUGUCAUCAACCGCGGCUCCGUCGCUGACGCGUGGGUGCUGUUCAACAAACAACAGACUGGUUUCUACCGCGUAAAUUAUGAUGACUACACUUGGGAUCUUAUUACUAUUGCCUUAAGAGGAGAGGCAAGAACACAGAUUCACCAAUACAACAAGGCUCAGAUCGUCAGCGAUGUCUUCCAAUACGCACGUUCUGGCAUCAUGAGCUACACCAAGGCUCUAAAUAUCCUCUCAUUCUUGGAGUUCGAGACCGACUACGCUCCUUGGGUGGCUGCCAUGACUGGCUUUACAUGGCUCAGGAACAGGUUGACUGGCACCAUGUACCUGGAACCACUUGAGGCUCUGAUCGCUCAAUGGGCCACUACAGUCAUGACAGACCUUACCUACUACCCAACUUCAGACAACGAAGACUUUAUGAGAUCCUACCUUCGCUGGCAACUGGCUCCUAUCAUGUGCCAGAUCAACAGAGAUGGCUGCCGUGCUGCUGCGAUUGUACAGUUCAACGCAUUAAUGUCUGGUGUUGAAGUGUAUCCCGAUAAUCGAGAUUAUGUAUAUUGUAACGCUCUUCGUGAAGGCACCGCGGAACAUUUUAACUUCUUGCGCAACCGCUUUAUCCAGCACAACGUGUACACUGAGAAAAUCCUCAUUAUACAAACUCUUGGCUGCACUACUUCCGCUGAUUCUCUUAACCAGUUCCUUACUGAUAUCUUCACUGAUAACCAUAUGAUUCGCCGUCAAGACUACACCACCGCAUUGAACUCCGCUGCUACCGGAAACGAAGCCAAUACACAAAUAUUGUUCACCUUCAUCCAAAACAACUACGAUUUAGUCGCCAAUGCAUUCGCCGAUAUUGCUACACCUUUGUCUUACGUGUCAAGUAGAUUGAGAUCUGAAGCUGAAAUUGUUGCGUUCCAACAAUGGGCGACCCAAAACCAGGCUCUCCUGGGCACAUCGUACCAGAGCGUGAUGAACGGAGCCGAGUCCGCCAGACAGUCCAUCCAAUGGACCGCCCGGAUUGUCGCCGACGUCAACAACUUCCUCACAGCAGGCUACCAGCCUGUGGUCACCACCACCCAAGCACCGCCUACGGAACCUCCCACGCCGGAUCUUGAGCCUAGACCAGAACUAACUCAGCCAGAAACUCCUGAGCUCCCUGAUUCUGCUGCUAGUCGCUGGGUGUCACUUUUCUUGGGUAUCGCCCUAAUCCAGGGCAUAUUCACCGCUAGUCCUAUUCCGCUUGAAGAUGGCGAAUGGGACUCCGUCGCAAUACCGCUGAAUGAUCCCGCUUACCGUCUGCCCACGACCACUCGCCCUCGGCACUAUGAAGUCACACUCACACCCUACUUUGAGACCGUUCCUACGGGUGUUGAGCCAUUCACAUUCGAUGGUGAAGUCAGAAUUUACAUCAGCCCACUGGCCAAUUUUUUGAGCCAAAUCGUGCUACACUGCAAUGACAUGACCAUUCAGACUCUGACAGUAACGUAUACAGAUGCAAAUGGAGUAGUUCAGGACAUCACUGCGCCUAAUCAAGAGUUCACAUGCGUUGCACCAUACAGUUUCCUGUACAUACAGACUUCCACGGCAUUGUCGGUUAGUCAAGAAUAUGUUAUCUCUGCUACGUUUAGAGGAAACAUUAAUAACGAUAUGAGAGGCUUCUACAGAAGUUGGUACAUCGACUCUACUGGUAAUAAAAGAUGGAUGGGAACGACCCAGUUCCAGCCUGGCCACGCUCGCCAGGCUUUCCCGUGCUACGAUGAACCUGGCUUCAAGGCAACCUUCGACAUCACCAUCAAUAGAGAAGCAGACUUUAGUCCAACCAUCGGAAAUAUGCCAAUUCUGUCUACUACUACUUUGGAAAAUGGAAGGAUAUCUGAAACUUUUUACACUACGCCAUAUACUUCGACUUAUUUACUCGCAUUCAUCGUCUCCCAUUACGUUGACGUUGAAAACAAUAACGACAUCGAGAGGCCUUUCUCCCUCUACGCUCGCGACAAUGUCGAUACUGCCGGUGCAUGGGCUCAGGAAACUGGAAUUCAACUUUUGGAAAGAAUGGAAAUAUAUACUGACAUUCCUUACUAUACAAUGGCAGAAAACCUUAACAUGAAACAAGCCGCGAUUCCUGAUUUUUCAGCUGGCGCUAUGGAAAAUUGGGGAAUUUUGACUUACAGGGAAGCCUUAGUCCUUUACGAUCCCCUGAACUCCAACCAUUUCUACAAACAGCGAGUGAUGAACAUAGUCGCUCAUGAGAUCACCCACAUGUGGAUUGGAAACCUUGUCACUUGUGCCUGGUGGGACGUGUUGUGGCUUAACGAGGGAUUCGCCAGAUUCUAUACAUACUUUUUAGCUGACUUGGUGAGACCCGAUCUUGGCUUUGAGACCCGUUUCAUCAUCGAGCAAGUGCAGGCUUCUAUGAUCUCUGACUCGAUCGAUAGCGCACAUCCCUUGACUGACCCUAGCGUGAUCGAUCCCGCCAGUGUCAGUGCCCAUUUCUCUACUAUUACAUACGCUAGAGGAGCGUCAGUGAUUAGAAUGACGGAACACUUCCUUGGAAACGAAACGUUUGUUAAAGGAAUGCAAAACUAUCUUAAAGAGAGAGCUUACAAUGUAGCAGAGCCAAUCCAUCUCUUCACUGCAUUGGAUGAAGCAGCGGCAGAAGAUGGUGCUUUGUCUAAUUACAACGGUGUUACCAUUGAGGAGUACUUCAAAACUUGGUCAGAGCAGGCUGGACAUCCUCUAUUGACUGUCACUGUCGACCAGAGAACUGGUCAGAUGAUUGUUACUCAGCACCGUUGGGAGCGUAACACUGGCGUUUCCACAAUUCCCAGUCUAUAUAUUGUGCCAAUUACAUGGACUCGUGCUGGGGAAUCUGACUUCGAAGACCUGAAACCAUCUCAGGUCUUAACUGCUCAAACCACGGUGAUCGACAGAGGAACCACUGGCAACGAAUGGGUCAUCUUUAACAAACAGGAAACUGGUUUCUAUAGAGUAAACUACGAUGCCACAAAUUGGGCUCUUAUCACUCUGGCAUUGAGGAGUAACCAGAGAACUGACAUUCACGAACGUAACAGAGCACAGAUUGUCGACGACGUCUUCCAACUCGCCAGGGCCGGCGUACUUCGCUACGAAAGAGCCUUCAACAUCAUCUCAUUCCUGGAGUUCGAAGACCAAUAUGCCCCUUGGCUUUCGGCUAUUACCAGCUUGAACUGGGUCAUCAGGAGGCUAGCACAUGACGAGGAAAACCUUGCCAAGCUAAGAGAGCAAAUUCUCGGACUCAGCGUGGCUGCCACAGCCCGUCUCGGAUGGGCCGAAAUCGAGGAUGAGGACUACAUGGACGGCCUCAUGAGGAUGUACCUGGGCACCUUCCUUUGCAACAAUGGGCAUGAAGGGUGCUCGGCCGCCGCCGUCACCAACUUCAAUAACUGGCUGAAUGGUGGAUACGUACCCCCCAACAUGCGUCCAUGGGUCUUCUGCGAAGGUCUCCGCCGAGGAACCGCAGCUGACUUCGACAUCUUCUGGGACAGAUACCUGGCCAACGACUUGUCCAACGACAAGAUUGUCAUGCUGGAAACCGCUGGGUGCACCUUGGACGAAGCCAGCUUGCAGAAAUACCUUUCGGCUAUUGUCGCUAUGGAUGACUCUGUCCGACCUCAGGACUACACUACCGCUUUGAACGCUGCUGUUACCGGCAAUGAGGUUAACACUAUGAGGGCUUUCAGGUGGCUGACAAACAAUGUGGCUCAGGUGACCGCUGCACUUGGCAGCAUUGCUACACCGCUCAGCUACGUUACUGCCCGUCUUCUGAACGAGGAACAAAUUGCUGAGGUUCUAACUUGGCUGGAAGCCCAGCGGGCGGUCAUCGGAGAAAGCGCUUACAACACUGGCAUCAGCGGCAUCGCUUCCUCCAGAGCCUUCCACGCUUGGUCCAAUUCCAGAAUUGAAGAGCUCGCAACUUUCUUCGAAAAUGGUUACCUCGAAGAUAACAUUGAUGACAUCGUUGAUCCUGAACUAGAAACGGAAACGGAACCAGAACUGGAAACAGAACCAGAAACCCCGGAAACAGAAGGAGGUCAAACUGAUUCCGCUAACAUUGCUGCGUUGAGCGCUGUUACCCUCAUUGUGACUUUGGCUACCAAUAUGGUGGCGUAACUUUGUAU